CCACAGAGGAAGCCUCCAGGAUCCCACGGUGCUUUGCGGGAACGAAGACCGACUGAUUACAACUCAGUUUAGACACACUUUUUUAAUAAAUAUAAAACUAUUUUGAAUAGUUACGCAGUUUUUAUCUCUCGCAGAAAGCCAUGUCCUCCUCCGACGUUGUUGUGAAGAAACGCAAGGCGAAGGUGGUCCGCAGCGAGACAGGCACUCCGGAAGGGAAGCGAGGUCGCGGAGAGGGGGACCAGGAGGUGCGUGUGUACAGUGAGGAGGUGGAGUUAGAUGGCCGUGACCCUGAGAAGGACUACCAGCAGUACAAGCAGACAUGUGACAGUCUUGCCAAACUCAUGGAGGAAAUCCAGGAUCUGAAAGCCCAAGGAGCCAAGGAUGGGUGUGCAGAGGUGGAGGAGAAACGCAUGCAGAGCUGCAUCCACUUCAUGAGUCUGAAGAAGCUCAACCGCCUGGCUCACAUGAGGCUGAAGCGAGGCAGAGACCAGACUCACGAGGCUAAGCAGAAAGUGGACGGGCUGCACCUGCAGCUGCAGAACCUGCUCUACGAGGUCAUGCAUCUGCAGAAGGAAAUCAGCAAGUGUCUGGAGUUCAAGUCUAAACACGAGGAGAUCGACCUGGUGACUGUGCAGGACUUCUACCAGGAGGCUCCCCAGGACAUCGCCCGGCCCUCCCUGACCCGGGACGACCCCCACCAGCUCACCCUGGCACGCCUGGACUGGGAGCUGGAGCAGAGGAAGAGGUUGGCUGAGCAGUACAGGAACUCCCAGUCGUCUAAAGAGAAGAUCCUGAAGGCCAUUGAGGUGAAGAAGGAGCACCUGAACAGCCUCCAGCCUGGACUCAACGCCAUCAUGCAGGCAUCCCUCCCAGUGCAGGAGUAUCUGUCCAUGCCGUUUGAGCAGACUCAGAGGCAGACCGAGAUCGCCCGCCACCUCCCCCCGCCUCUUUACGUCCUGCUAGUGCAGGCCAGCGCUUAUGGACAGGCCUGCGAGAAGAACCUGAGUGUGUCUAUUGUUGGAGAUGUGGACGAGGCCAAGGCCCUGUCUAAGCCUCCUGAGGACUCCCAGGAUGACGAGAGUGACUCAGAUGCUGAGGAGGAGCAGGAGAAGACGAAGAGGAGGAGGGCCACCACAGGGGGUCAGCUGGACGACAAGCGCCGGGUGAUGCUGAAGAGACACCCCCUCUCCCUCCGCCUGGACAUCAAGUGUAAAGACGGCAGUGUUCUCCAGCUGUUCUUCUACUACCUGAUGAACCUCCACAUCAUGACCGUGAAGGCCAAGGUCUCCACCACCGUCGACCUCACCUCCGCCAUCAGCGCAGGGGAGCUGUUGAACUCGGACACACUGCUGAACUGCCUCUUUGCUAACGACCAGGGACAGGAGACGCCCAACCCAGCUAACCGCUAUCAGUUUGAUAAAGUGGGCAUCACCACGUUCGGGGACUACGUGGCCGAGCACGGCCACCCCUACGUCUGGGUCCAGAACCUGGGAGGACUGCAGUUCCCCUCCGACACCCCACAGAGUGCGCGUGCGGGCAGCUGUCUGAGUGCUAGUCACAUGGAGACCACGAUGAAGCUGCUCAGAGGACGAGUGCAGUCACGCCUGGCCCUGCACAAGCAGUUCUCCUCACUGGAGCACAGCAUCGUUCCAGUCUCCAGCGAGUGCCAGCAACUGUUUCCUGCUAAGGUGCUCUCUCGCCUGGCCCGCUGGACAACCAUCACCCACCAGGAGUACACGGAGCUGAGCCACACGCAGCACGUGAGCGAGGCGGGCCUGGCCCGGGACACGGACCUCUUCUUCCUGGCCGUGGUGGAGAGAGGCACAGCUCGUCUCCAUGCUGCUGUGGUGCUGAACCCUCGCUACCCAGAAGUCUCUCCCCUGUUCUCUCUCGCGCUCAGCUGGAAGGGCGAGCGCAGUGGCCGCUCCGACGACAACCUCAGGGCCAUCGAGAGCGAGGUGAACGUGUUCAAGGCGGAGCUGCAGGGCCCCCCCCCGGGACACCAGCUGCUGACCAAUCAGGUGGCUCGUCUGUGCGUCUGUCUAGACGUGUAUUUGGAGACGGACGGGCAGGAUGACAGCGUGGAGGGCCCGCGGGAGUUCCCUCGCGAGAAGAUGUGCCUGCGCACCGUCAGGGGUCCCAAUCGUCUGAAGCCCUUCAAGUAUAACCAUCCUCAAGGCUUCUUCAGUCACCGCUGACCCGCACCUCAACUUGACCUCUACUCCCUGUUAUUAGGCCGUUAACUAGCUUAGGACUCUAGCACCCUCAUACAACUUUGUUUUUGUUUUUUUAUAUGUACAACUUUGUGUCAUUUAGACAAUAAAAUUGUGUUAUUUUCAUCACAAA